AGGAGCGCAUUUGUUUUGGUUUUUCUUCUCGUGACGUUGUGAUUCACGCACGCACCCACGCUUCGUUGCACUGAGCUGAAUUGUGCCUGUCUUUGGCUGCCCCCCUCCUUUUUUUCUCUUUCUGCCGUAUCACACGCCUUAUUAUUCGCUUAUCGCAGGAGAGAAUGUUUCGUUUCUGCUCUCGUCGCUUGGUAGCCCGCACGCUGCCGCUGCUCGCCUUUCAGCACGACCUGCCCGAGGCAUUUGAGUUCAUCGAGAACAAGGUCGUCGACAAGGACAUCCACGCUCCUUACGAGAACAUGGAGACGCUGCGCCUGACGGUGACGCGCCAGGACGAGUUCAUCUUCAGGGAGACACCAGUGAAGUGUGUCACGAUCACCGGCGUGAACGGCGAGAACGGCGUCUACCCGGGCCACGCCUACGAGAUCAUGCAGCUGGCGCCGGCACCGCUGGCGAUUGAGAUGCCCGACGGGACCGUCAAGAAGUAUUUCACGAGCGGCGGCUUUGCGCACAUCAACAACGAGGGCUCCUGCGACAUUAACUGUGUAGAAUGCAUUCCUUUCGCUGACCUCGAUGUGGAGGCGGCCGAGAAGGCGCUGGCACAGCAGAACGCUGCACUGAGCAGCGCCAAGGACGACAAGGCCAAGGCGCUGGUGGAGGUUCGUAUUGGCGUGUUGGAGGCUGUGAUCCGUGCCCUGAAGCACAUGUAA